AAUGAGAGGGGAAAAAAAGAAGAGCACAUACGGAAAGAGAAAGAAAGAAAAAAGAAUGUGCUUGUGUGUGUGAGAGAGAAAGAAAGGGGCCGGCACAGUCAGUUCUGAUAACAGCAACAGUGGAAGGAGGAGGAUGUGCAGAGGCACCACCCCUUUCUCUCCCUCAGCUAUAAAUAAGAGGUGGAUUUUUUUUUGCUCCACACUUCACUUGAAGGAUGAGAGCUUUGAAACACCUUAAACAUCAUUCCAGGAGCAAUGUGGAGGAGCAGGCAGUUCCUCUGGUGCACUGCUACAAUGACGUGAUGGGGAAUGUAGCGGAUGCUGGCACUCAGACUGAUCCCGUGGUGGUCCUAUCCCUGGCUCAAGCCGCUGUGCUAGGCCUCAUAUCUCAGAAUGAAAUCUUUGGCACCACCAUCGCACCUAAUGGCUUUUGCACUGGGGAGGCACGUGAAUGCCCCCCUCCACCCCCAGAGGCAAUGGAGUAUGAGUAUUCAGACCAGUUGAUUGGGGCAAAUGGAGACUACCUACCUGAGCCCAAUGGAGAAAAUAGGAGGCCAAAUGGACUUUUGGGGGUGGGGAAGAGGCGUUCGGGACCUCGGGGAAAAGGAAAGAGGCAACAAAGUGAAAACAGUGAGGCAGCAGAACUGGCUAAGAAAUCCAUAGAUGUACAGACAUGGGUGAAAGGAGAGCGACCUGAGUAUUCAAGAUCCUGUUACUACUCAAAGGUUCAUUAUAAUGACAGCGAGUCUGAAGUGUUGGAUCUUGCUCCCGAUAGACUGAUGUUAAAGGAGGAACAAAAUAAAAGUAGCCCUGCACAUGCAAAGGAGGCAAACAACUUACAGAAUGAUCCAGAUUCAGAAACAACGUCACAAGAUGCUAAUCACACACAGGAAUUAGAAUCAGGCAGCCAGCCUGUGGAAGAAGGCUCUAAAGAGGAGGGGCAUGAUGACCAAAGAGCACUGAAUAUUAAGACACCUGAGGAGGAAGUGAGCCCUGUGAUGAGGCGCUACUAUGAAUCUAGUGUUUUGACCUACGAAGCUGCUGAGCCAGACCUGACACCAGCAGAAUAUGAUGAUGGUGUGCAGGUGGCAACAUGGGCAGAUGGUGAGAAUCCUGCAGUUCGCCGUGUGCAGAUUGACCGCCUGGAUGUCAAUGUGCAAAUCGAUGAGUCAUAUUGUGUGGAUGUGGGUGAAGGCCUGAAGCGCUGGAAGUGUCGAAUGUGUGAGAAGUCAUACACGUCAAAGUAUAAUCUGGUGACACACAUCCUGGGUCACAGUGGGAUCAAGCCACAUGAAUGUCUGCACUGUGGAAAACUUUUCAAGCAACCAAGCCACCUGCAGACACAUCUGCUUACACACCAAGGCACAAGGCCACAUAAAUGUACUGUGUGCAAGAAGGCCUUCACACAGACCAGCCACCUCAAGCGGCAUAUGCUGCAGCAUAGUGACAUUAAGCCAUACAGCUGCCGUUUCUGUGGACGUGGGUUUGCCUACCCCAGCGAAUUGCGCACACAUGAGGCCAAGCAUGAGAAUGGGAGGUGUCAUAUUUGCACACAAUGCACCAUGGAAUUCCCCACCUAUGCCCACCUCAGGCGACACCAGGUCAGUCACCAGGGGCCUGCCGCCUUCCAGUGUAGUGAGUGCCACAAGAGCUUUGCCUACCGGAGCCAGCUGCAGAACCACUUAAUGAAGCAUCAAAACAUGCGACCCCAUAUUUGUUCUGAGUGUGGCUUAGAGUUUGCACAGGUUCACCACCUCAAGCAGCACCUGCUCACACACAAGGUACUAGCACAGCAGGCCCUCGAAAACAAGGGGAUGAAAGAGUACAAGUGUGAUGUGUGUUCUCGUGAGUUCACCCUGUCAGCCAAUCUGAAGCGGCACAUGCUGAUCCACACCAGUAUGCGACCUUUCCAGUGCCACAUCUGCUUUAAGACCUUCGUCCAGAAGCAGACUCUCAAAACUCACAUGAUUGUUCACCUUCCAGUGAAGCCCUUCAAAUGCAAGGUGUGUGGGAAGUCAUUUAAUAGAAUGUACAACCUACUUGGCCACAUGCACCUUCAUGCUGGUAGCAAGCCCUUCAAGUGCCCCUACUGCAGCAGCAAGUUCAACCUAAAGGGAAAUCUGAGCAGGCAUAUGAAAGUGAAGCAUGGCAUUCUUGAUGUCUUGCCAGAUGGGCAAGACAGCCACCCUGAUAUGGAGGGCCAAGAGGACUAUGAGGAAGACAGCUUUGACUACAGUGAAAGAGAAAAUCUGGCUAGCAACAACACACAAGAUCUGGCCAGACUGGCUGAGAUGGGCUAUUACAACUAUACAAAGGCUGCUGCUUACUACACCACAGCAUAAUGCACUUUGAGACAUUCAAACUCACCUCACCUGUAUUUGUAAGCCUCAAGGUUUUAAUGUGGACUAAUAAUGAAAUGGCCGCCUGGUGGUUGUGCACUGGCAUUUUGAUUACUCUUUAAGAGGAAAUUAUUUAUAUGCCUCCAAAACAUUAGAGCUUGUAAGGUUCCAUGUAAACAUGAGUGUAAUUCUAUAUUUUUGUGUGAGUCAGUGGUUAAUAGUUUGAGGAAAUCAGCUGAAAUUUCCUAGUGGAUAAUGAUUUAAUGCCACUUCCCCACUCCAAAAGAAGCUUUUAAAAGUAAAAUCUCUAAGAAUAAUUCAAUAAUGUUUUUCAAUAAUGUUUUGCAGCCCUCUAUAUAGGGCACUUAAGAGACAUUCCUUAUCCAAUUGGAAAUAUAUAUGACGUGAUUUUGAACCAUCAAAGCUUAUACAAAAACAAUAAAGAUAGUGCAGAGUAAUAAAUUGUACUUAAAAAUAGUAUUUACAAUAAAAUAAAAAAAAGUGAUGAACCAAAUUAUUUAGUAAUAUCUAAACCAUCAUAAAAAUACUAAGAUCCAGAUAACUAGCUUUUUCACUUCUAGUAAAUCAUCUUGAAUUUGUCAUACGUAAACCAAGUGGGAUUUUAGUAGGAGGCUUGAUUUCCAGUCAUUCUCAGUUAAUUAUUCAACAAUUUAAAAAAAAAAAAAAGUUCAUUAAGAGCAUUGUGUUGUGUGUCUAAAAGUUGUAUUGUAAUGGUACCAUAUCAGACUUAGAUUUUGAAUGUUUCAAAGCCAUUGCCAACUGAUAUACAUCAUUAGUUGAAUACAGAGCUCAUAAUCAAAUGUUCCCUGAAUCAAAUUUUGAUUUAUUAUUAAAAACAAAAACUGUGAGGUGUGGAAAAAAAUCUCAAUUUAUAUAAAGAGACUGAAAAGAAAUAAGAGUAAACUACUUAAAAAUGUUUUAAGGCUGUGGUGUGUGAAAUGACAUCAAUUCAUGAUAAUUUAUACAAAGCACAGUAUGCAUCACCAUACAGUUAACUCACAAUCUGCCAACAAUAGUGCAGCUUUACAAAAAUGGGUAUUUGUUUAUUAAUAAAAAUAUACAAUACUUAUUACACUUUUUAUUUUAACAAAUCUUCAACUCAAAUUCAACAUUUUUGAAAACAUCUCUAGCACCCUCAAGUGGUAUCACAUAAACAUGUUCACUCAGUCAGCCAUAGCUUGUGAAUUACUUCUCUCUCCUGAUCAUUUACCAUGACAAUAGGCAAUUUUUCAAUCCAAGCAGUUUGAAAACGUGGUUGGCUGUCUUCACAUUUGUCUCAGAAGCAGGUGAUAACCUUUGUUUUUUGUUCAUGUUUUAAAAUGUAAAAAAGAUUGCAAUAUUGCAGAAAAGUGUCUAGUGGCAUAAACUUUUCACAGUAUGGAUAUAUUUCACCGAUGGAAUUUAUUGCCAUUGUAACUUAUUUAGUGCAAGUACGUUGGUAGUUUGCAGGGGAGUAGCAACUUCACUUUUAUGUUUGGAGCUACUACCAAAUGCAGACACGGUGCAAAGAUAUUUUUCUUCUGUGGCACAAGUUAAUUUAUGUCUUUAAUGAACAAAAAUUUUUGACAUGUUGUUUGACCAUAUGUGAGGAACACUAGUGACUAAACCACAUCUGUCAUCCAGGUAUCAUUACAGACACAGUUUUGUAUAUUACCUUUAUCAUACUUUUCCAUAUUUGGAAAGCAUUGUACUAUUCUUAGUCUGAGAUUAUAUUCAAUUUUACUUGUAUGCUUUUAACAACGGACAAAGCAGCUUUACAGGAGCUGGAUAUACAGGGUGAAAUUAUAGUACCUCGUGCUUUCUAGAUAAAGCCAGAUUACAUGGUUAUUGCUACAUUUGUUCACAAAGAACACUGAAAUAUAUCACGAUUCCUAAGGCUACGUUUGGUUUCUAGAGAUGAAUGUGUUAAUCAGGCACCAAACAUCUUUGUUACAACUAAGUUAACUAUCCCUGUGUAACACUGUGUGCCAUCCAUUUUAAGAAUUUAGCUGCUCAGUGAUCUUACAGUCUGCAGUAGUGAGGUAGGACCAUAGAUGCAAGACAGAACGAUUGUAAAAUUAAGCGGGAAAAAAAAAACAGAUUUUCCAAACACACCCACUGCACAGCCUCCUGGACAAUGUUGUUUUAAUAAGCACAAAAUAGCUCAGACCAGACAUUUCUACUGUUUUAUAAUGUCCUUAUGGCUCAAGGUUUGCUGCCACGCUAAGCAAGGCCAGUCUUGUUUAAGUUUUUUUAUAAAGCUUUGAUUUUGUUUGCACAUCAUUGUGAAUAUGCUGUUGAUAAAGUUCUAUGUUAAAUGUUGUGCUCUG